AUGAAGAAAAUCUCGCAUUAUCAGAAGAAUCCACCACCAACCUCAACUGCUGGAUCAAACAUAUUUUCAACAGUAAACAAUGAGAUGCCUAAUAUCAAGUACUUAAAUUUGAAGGGUGCAAAAGUCAAUCGGGAUGGUCUUGUCAUGUUGCUGCGCAGAUGCAAAGAUCUGGUGAUGUUGGACGCCAGAGAUUGUUCUGAUUUCGAUGAGAAUGACGAUGAAAUAUCAAAGCUUGCGUCUCAUAUUAGUAAAUUUAUGUGCGAGGGUUCUGAAUUUCCUGAAUUUCUUUGUGGUAUGGACAAUUUUGUUCUUCCUGUUGAUGGAUACUCAUUUCAUCUACAUGUGGAGGAGACGUGGGAUGAAAUGCUCAAUGAUUUGCGCGAUGCGUUCAAUGAUUUGGGCGACGAGGAAUGA